UACCUCCCUCUCUCUCAUCUGUUUCUCUCUCCUCCAUCAUUCACACACACAAUUUGCCCUGCCUCUCUCUCAUCUGUCUCUCUCUCCUCUGUCAUUCACACACACAAUUUGAUACAGUUUUGACGCAAUCGACACAAUUGACACAUGCACGCAGAGAGAGAGAAGAGAGAAAGAGGGGUUGAAGGAGGCGCGUUUUUUUUUUUGGCCCUUUUCUGCAGUUUUCUUUCCAGGCUUUGCAAUUCAAAUAAUGGCAACAACUGGGUAGCUGUUGCCUGAUUAAUUGAUUGAUUGAAAUCCAUUCAUUUCCUUUGCAAAAAAGAAAAGCCCAAAUCUCAGUUUUUCAGGCAGGUGCUUUUUCUUUCCUCCCUUCUGCUAAUCUCUCUCAAUUUUAACUUUUUUCCCCCAAUUUUUGACCUAGGGUUUCUGGGUUUCAAUCAUUAUUGUUCAAUUUUAGUUUUUUGUUGUUGUUGUUGUUGUUGCUUUUAUUGUUUUGAAUAGUUUGAUUUGAAAACGCUCAGACAUGGUUUCAAAGUCAUGUCCUUUCUGGUUGGGGUGUUUGUGUUGUGUAUGUGAUGAAAGUAUAUGCAAAUUUUAUUAAUAUUUGUUAGAAUUUGUAGUUGGGUUUCCCAUAAUUUGUUUUCUUUGGCGGUAUGUAGUUUUUUUUUAGAUUUUUAUAGAUGUCAGAGAAACUGUAGACUUUCAAUAACAUGUAUAGAUUCUUCUAUCUGUUAUGUUGCCAUAUCUAUAUGUUCUUGUUUCUUCAUUUCAUGGGAAUUGGGUUUUGCUUUUCGGUUUUUUAUAUCGGUACAUAUGUUUAUGUGGGAAAUGAAUUAUGAUCAAUCAUCAAGUCUGUGGGUGUGUUUGGUGAUUAUAAAGUGUACUGGAUUAUAUGGCGGAUGAAGGGGACAUGUCUGAUUUUGUCAAGGAUGUGGAGGAAGAAAAUCAAGGUGGAGAUAUGGGUCUUGAUGAAUAUGACAUGCUUACCGAAGUGUCAGAUACGUCAUCUGCACAAGCGAGAAAGGGAAGGGACAUUCAAGGUAUUCCAUGGGAUAAAUUGGGCAUAACAAGGGAAAAAUACAGAUUGACGAGGCUAGAACAUUACAAGAAUUAUGAGAACAUCCCUUUAUCUGGGGAAACUGUGGACAAGGAGUGCAAACAAAUGCAGAAAGGUGGAAACUACUAUGACUUCUUCCAUAAUACAAGACUGAUUAAACCUACAAUCCUUCAUUUCCAGCUGAGAAAUUUGGUUUGGGCCUCUUCAAAGCAUGAUGUCUACCUCAUGUCCAACUUUUCAGUCAUGCAUUGGUCAUCUCUAUCUGGGAAUUUGUCUGAGGUUCUCAAUUUUGCAGGACAUGUUGCCCCAACAGAGAAACAUGCAGGAAGUUUAUUGGAGGGUUUUAUCCAGACUCAGAUAAGCACACUGGCAGUCAAGGACAAUUUUCUUGUUGCUGGUGGCUUUCAAGGAGAGCUUACUUGUAAAUCUCUUGAUAAACAAGGAGUAAGUUUCUGUACCCAGACCACACAUGAUGGCACUGCCAUCACAAAUGCUGUUGAAAUAUACGAUAGAUUGGGGGCUGGAAUGCAUUUCAUGGCAUCCAAUAAUGACUGCGGCAUAAGAGAAUAUGACAUGGAGAAGUUUCAGCUUUUGAAUCACUUUCGUUUCCCUUGGCCAGUGAAUCAUACAUCAAUAAGCCCAGAUCGUAGGCUUGUUGCGGUUGUUGGUGAUCAUGUAGAUGCAUUGCUCAUGGAUUCGCAGAAUGGGAAGACUAUUGCUAAGGUCGUUGGUCAUCUGGAUUACUCUUUUGCGUCAGCAUGGCAUCCUGAUGGUCGCAUAUUUGCCACCGGAAACCAGGACAAGACUUCCCGAGUCUGGGACAUAAGGAAUCUUUCAUUGCCAGUUGCCGUUCUGAAGAAUAACUUGGGUGCUGCUAGGUCAAUUCGCUUUUCAUCAGAUGGUCAGUUCAUGGUGGUCGCGGAACCUGCAGAUUUUGUGCAUAUAUAUAGCACAAAGGCAGAUUACAACGUGCGGCAAGAGAUUGAUUUCUUUGGGGAGAUAUCCGGUGUAUCAGUGAGUCCCGAUGACGAGUCUUUGUAUAUAGGAAUCUGGGACCAAACAUACGCCAGCUUGCUACAGUAUAACAGAAGGCACUAAGGGUGGAAACCCUCGUGUGUAUAGUUUUGCUUCAUCUCGCUCAUAAGAAACCACUAAGGGUGGAAACCCUCGUGUGGAUAGUGAGCCAGAUGGUAUUGUUGUACCCCAUAUAAUGUCACCACACGUGUAUUGUGUAGGGUGUAAAGAUUGUGAGUGAAAUAUGGAGUUGUCUUUGCCUUUCUCGUUGCAAAGGGAUUUACCCAUCA